AUGCCAUCCCAUUUCAUGCUGGCGGUGCUUCUCUUGUCUUCCAAGCUCUCCUCCUCGCCCUUGCAAUCGCCAUCUUCUCCUCUCUCUCUCAUGCAUGCUCUCUCCCACAACCCCUCCAUGCCAUCACUUUCGCCCUCUCCAUAUCAGGCUGGCAGUGCUGCUCUUGUCUUUCAAGCUCUCCUCCUCGCCCUCGCAGUUGCCAUCUUCUCCUCUCUCUCGCGCUUCCCUCCGGUGCUGCAGCAGGGGCUGCUGCUGCUCUUCCUUCUCCUUGUAGUGCUGUCUCGAGUGGGCCAUUGGACGUUUGAGAUUGUCGACUCUCAGAUCAUCCAAACCGCCAUCCCCCCUGCUUCCGCCAAUCUCAUCGGCACAACCGAAAUCGCCCUCGCCAGCCUGGCAGAGCUACUAAUGUUAGGACUCGCCAUAGUCGUUCACGAUCCGAAGCACUUUGCGGCUCUCGCUGCCAUGUCCAUGGCUGCUGUUUUCGCUGCGGCUGGGGUUUACUGCUCCUGGCUGGCUCGGCCCGACCCGAGGAUUGAGAAGCUGUUCCCGAACCAGCCGGUGGUUCGGUGGGGGGAGGUGUUUGGGAGGCGGGGCAGUGGAGCGGGGAGAAAGUGA